AGGUCGACACUGGCUCAAAGUGCCACCCGAAUUAGAUUUUUGUGUUUGCCUGGCCAUGGCCCUUCAAGGGCAUCUGUUGGAGGUCACGCUUGUGUCUGUACGCGGGUCGGGUGCUUGGCAUGUCGAGGCUUAUUCCAUGUUCGUGUAGACCUGGUUAUGCAUGGUGGCUUUCGCCAAACGUCGGGCGUUCACGUAUUCUUUGGUGCAGGGCGUAACCUCUAAGCAUAUUGUGCAUAUUACCCUGCUUUCAUCUAUUCACUUUGUUUCGAGCGAGCGUUGUGCUGUGUAGGAGUCGUCUUUGCAUUUACUGGGCAUCGACCUUGCAGUACACACUUUUUUAUUUUGAAUUGAAUGGGGUAUCAUACAGGUAACCGAACCAAAGUAGUGCCAAACCUGCUUUGUGUCCAAUUUGCCCCCGCCUUGGGUUCGCUUUUACCCCCACCCACUGUGCGUGUGCGCCAGGUGACGACCUUCAGACGGCGAGCCGUGCCAAACGCGAUGGAUAGCCAUGCUGUAAGUUUGCGGCGUGCGUCCAAAUGUGUUGAUUGUCUUGGAGCUGCAACGCCAUUGAAGUUUCCGUCGUACAGCGGGGCAUUUAACAUCACAGGCAUCCUCACGGUCUCCGGCGACGGCGACGGAGCGGAUGCGAGACAGGUCUUGGGUUACUUCUUUGAGGGGGCGGACCCGCUCUGCGACGUGAAGCACGGAGACGUGGGCGCUGCCGCAUAGCAAACGUAGCCGUGAGAGACACGGGCUGCGCUGUCCGCUGUUUCUGGAGUGUUGCCCAUAGACUGAUAGAUGCUUCUUAGGCGGACUUCGGUUAUUCUCCUAUGCUGCAGGGCCUAUUCUCAUAUGCUGCAGGGCCCGGGCAAGGGUGUGGGGCUUAGUUGCCGCCAGAGGGCUUGGUGGUCCUUGGGUGCUUCCUCCCCUGGGUGGACGCACGUGCUGCGACCCGUCCGCGAUGGCUGGCGAACGAGAAAUGAGGGCGACAUUGGGGUGGAAGCUUGCGGAAAUCCAGCGGAAGUGCAGAUAGCCUCCCGCGUGAGAGGUCGACGCCAGCAUCCUGGGGGUCAUUGGAGCGUGGCAUUCCGCAACUUUGCGCGGAUGCGCGUCGCGCCCGCAUGCCUGACGAGGGGGCCGAUUGCCCCGCCCGCCCGCUCAUCAGUUUGCAAGCGCGCGUUUCUUCCGCGCCAAAUUGGGGAGGGGAGAUGUCAGCGGGAACGUGGAGAGU